AUGAAUAACGAGGAGGCGAUUGAGGCUGAGAAUAAUGGCUUCGAUGAAGACUCGGCCUACGCAGGCUCCUCAGUUGGGAGUCUGACGGAGACGCUGUCGUCGGAGAUUUCGAGGGGGGUGAAGGAGUACGGGAGGACUUAUGCCUCUUAUGGGAACGAAGAGUAUGGCCUUCCUAUCGACGAGGAUGAGCUGGAUAGAAUCGAUAUGUCCCAUGCGAAGUACACGAUUCUGCUAGAGAAGAGUCUUUUUAUUGCGCCAAUAACUGCAUCGCCGCAGAAAAUACUAGAUUUAGGAACAGGAACGGGUAUAUGGGCUAUAGAUAUGGCAGAGGCAUAUCCGUCCGCAGAGGCAACUAAUCUCAUACCCAGGGUUCCGCCCAACUGCAUCUUCGAAAUUGAUGAUAUUGAAAUGCCCUGGACUCUCGAAAAGAACAGCUACGAUUUCAUUCACGCUCGCGAUCUCCUGCUAUCCAUCCGCGACUGGCCAAAACUCGUCACCCAAUGUUUCGACCACAUCAAACCCAGCGGCUAUCUUGAACUCCAAAGUAUCUAUCCGCGCCUGAAAUGCGACGACGGCUCCACGCCCGCGGACUCAGGGCUUUGGCAGUUCUCAGACCACGCCCUCGAAGCUUCAACCCGAAUAGGCGCCCCGCUAGACGCUUGCACGCGCUACGCUGAAUAUAUGGCCGCGGCAGGCUUCACGGAAGUCAUCGAGCGGCACUACAAGGUGCCCGCGAGCCCCUGGGCGAAGGACAAGCGCAUGAAGCUCAUCGGGGCCUUUGAGCUGCACAACCUGCUGCGGGGCAUCAGCGCGAUGAGUCUGCGGAUGUUCAGCAAGGCGUACGGGUGGAGUGAGAGCGAGAUUGAGAUGUUCCUAGCGAAGGCGCGGGCGGAUAUGCAGAAUACGCGGUUUCAUGCCUACUACGAGUUGUGA